AUGGGCGAAGAUGUUCCGGCAGAUACGGCAGGCCCGUCUUCGCCUCCGCCACGACUACCUGAGGGCUGGCUUCCGCAAUGGGAAGGCGUCGGCCGUCAAUGGUAUUAUGUCCAGCGAGCGACUGGAAAAUCUCAGUGGGAGAUUCCCACCGAGCCGGUUAUAAUGACCCCGUCUUCAACGCCAGGGGAUAUCGGAGCGGGCCCGUCACAAGCACCUCCCGGUCAAACCGCUGAUCGUAACCAAUGCCCGACCGUUGUUCAAACCUCGAUGGAAUAUCUAGUGAAACCCGUGUCGGAUCCGGCGAACAAUAUCAGCUUCGCAAGCUCCGACUCGAAUGGACAGCUAGGCAAUCAAAAUCAUGACCAGGCAAACACAACAGCCCGGGCCUCGAAGAUCAACGAGCUGCAAGGUUAUCCGCUCCAUGGUCAAGAAGUUCCGCCGAGUCAUAGGAACCAAGCGGCUAGUCUUCCUCAGAUCGCCGCAAAUACGGCCCCGGCUUUUGGUGGCUAUAAAUGGGAGCAAAAUGGGCUACAGGGCUCACAGCACACCACUUUCGAUCAUUACAUGCCAUCUCAUGCAUAUCCCGAUAAACCCACCAGCGACCUAUCACCGAGGAACUAUAGCAACGUGAGAUUCGACGAGAGACAAUUUGCGUCGAUGCCAGAAAGCAUCCCACUUACACUCCCUUCAUACCAUACAAGGUCACAUCGUGAAAAAAGCUUGACUGGGCUGGAGUGGACACAGUCAGCGGGGCAGGGUGGACAGCAAUAUCUCGCAGUUGAUCAUGAGGCUGGGUUGCCAUUCGAAUCUUCGUUUCUCGCGCAGCCUCCUCGAGUACACCAAGUUCCUGAUCCAUAUCAGGUGGGAGCGGUGGCAGGAUAUCAGACGGCGCCUUUUUACCCGACACUGAAAAGCAACGUCGCAAACAACCACCAUCAUAUACACCUGCUUCAAAAUUCACUUUCGGGAAGUGCGCACUGUCUCAGUGCCAGGGAUUCUCAGGGAUUGGAUGGGCCUGCAUUCCAUCAAUUUCCGGCUCCAGAAGACCCCACAAGACAGCCCUUUACUCAGUCCCCGUUUCAUUACUCGUCGCAGCAGCCGUCUGAUUCAGUUCAACAUGAGAUGAGCACCAAUCGCGUAGCGGAACCCGCCGUGCCAAAUCUCGACGCUGCAUCCCUUUCUGCUUCGAUCCGGGGACAAGAAAGCGCUCAUGGAUAUCAAAACCCGGUUUUGCAAGCCAGCUUGAGACAUUAUCUGCCGGCACAUGCGCAGCAUGACUCCAAUAAUAGAAAGUUGGCUCGGCAAAGCACUAACAACACCCAACUGGAUCAAUAUAACCAUUCCCAUCAAGGUCAGAAUGCCACAUCAAGCGGUCCUUCUCGAGCCUCGAACUCAGAUCCUCAAUUUUACGAAAGUGGCACAUUCAUUGAUGAGACUAUCAAUGACUUUGCAGAGCAUGGCUCAUUCAUGGCUUCGGACACGGCAAGGGCGGGUCAUUUCUUUUUGGAUCCGAACGCCUAG